AUGAAUCACAAAGCAGGACCAUCUCACUAUAUUUCAAGCCAAUCAUCUUCAUCAUCUUCAUCUACCAAUGAAUCUGAUCCUGAAGAUUCUUCAAACGAGUUUGAUAUUCAAACUCGAAACACAAAUUAUAUAUGGAAUUAUACCAUUCAACAACAACAAAUGAUGCAACAAUAUUAUUUAUCGCAAUCUCAGGAUCAUGUUACCUGGGGUGGGGCUAUUGAUGGCCAUGCAUAUACGGAUCGUGGAAGGGAAGCUGGCGCAGUUCUAUUAAAAAAUGACUACUUUGGUGAAAAUCCCACAUACGACACACAAUUCCGCAGGCGAUUCCGGAUGAUUCGUGAUUUAUUUCAACGAAUUAGGAGGGCUUUAAAAGAACACUCAACUUCAUGGAAGAAAUCGUACGACAGUACAGGACGACAAAGUUUUACGUCUUAUCAAAAAAUGUGUGCAUCUAUCCAAUUUCUUGGUUACGGUACUUCUGCUGAUUCAUUUGAUCAAUAUUUUCGGAUUGCUCAGUCAACUCUAAUCAGAUUUGUUAAAAAAAUUUGCCGUCAUAUCGUCAAGGUAUUUGGUGAAAUUUAUCUGAGAAAUCCAAAUUCGGAACACAUUGAAAAAUUGUUACAAGUUGCAGAAUCUCGUGGUUUUCCUGGGAUGUUGGGGAGCCUAGAUUGCAUGCACUGGGAGUGGAAAAAUUGCCCAACAGCUCAUGCAGGGGCAUACCGUGGACGCAACAAAAAAUGCACUAUCAUACUUGAAGCAGUAGCAUCGCAUGAUACUUGGAUAUGGCAUGCAUUCUUCGGCCUCCCAGGUACAAAUAACGAUGUUAAUGUCCUACAAAAAUCAACUCUAUUUCAAGCAUUAACCAAUGGUACAUCUAUACCAGUUAAUUAUUCGAUCAAAGGUAGGAAUUAUGAUGUCGGUUAUUAUCUAGCUGACGGUAUUUAUCCUAAAUGGUCAACUUUAGUACAAUCCAUUCGUGUACCCAAAUGUGCCAAAGAAACUUAUUUCGUACAGAAACAUGAAUCAUAUCGCAAAGAUGUAGAACGAGCAUUUGGAGUUCUUCAAGCUCGAUUUGCAAUUAUUAGAGGAGCGGCUCGAUUCUGGAAUAAAAAAGACUUACAUGAUGUCAUGUUUGCAUGCAUUAUUAUGCACAAUAUGAUAGUUGAGGAGGAACGUAGUGGAUAUCUAAAUGUCAUUCUUGACUAUGAAAGUUCACCCACUGUCCCUCUAGCUGAACUUUCAAGAGAUAUCAAUAAUACGAAAUAUGUUAGUUUUCUUGGUCGACAUCGGAAUUUGAUAAAUCAAGGAGAACAUAAUGAACUAAGAAGAAGGCUGGUAGCACAUUUGUGGGAUAAACGUGACCAACUAGAUGGUGUUGAAGAUGAUGACGACAAUAAUGGUGAAUGA